UACAAAGUAGUAAAUAAAUGUUUCCAUCCUGGAGAAGUCUUCUGAACUGGAAACCGAUUAAAAUGGAGGGCCUACGUCGAGCAGCCGAUGGAAUUCAACCCGCAGUGAUUAUUGACUUGACCACCCUCGAUGACAUGCAGCCCGUCAUUAAGCACCUGGCCGAUAGAAACAAUGGAGUCUACGUGUGCCCCGUUUGCAUCGAGUCUCCUGAGGAGCCGGUGACCACCAUGUGUGGUCACAUCUUUUGCAAGGAAUGCCUGAUCGCCGCCUUGGUUCCAUUUCAGAACUGUCCCAUGUGCAAGAAAAACGUUUCCAGUUUUGUUCGCUUAUACAUAUAGCCGUUUAUUCAAAUUUUGUUUUUAAAGUUUAAAGUUAUGUUCAAGUUAUGUAUGUUUAUUUCGUUCGGUCCAA